AUGACAAACUGACGUUUGAGUAGCGUUUCUUUCUUGAUUCUUGCUUUCGUUUUAAAUUCGAAAGAAAACUAUUAUUUUAAAUAAAUGACUGCAAUUAGAUGUUCAAGAUGAUUCACACUUUUCGUAUAGUCCUUAUAUUACUUCUGCUUUCACUUGGCGUUUCAUAUAUUUCGGCGGAAUGUACCAUCCCGGUUGUGCUGAGGAAUACUUGGUUUUCAUUCGAAAAUGGCAAACAAACUAUUACGGACAUCAAUGGCAGCGAAAUGACUAGCAGGGGUGAAUGUGUGAACAUAAAGGCAGACUAUCAUGUGAACUAUACCAUGGUGUUCCGUUACACAAACUGCUACUACUGUGUGAAGCUUAUAGUAAGGACUGUGAAUGUGUUGGAGAAAAUUGAGACGGCUUGUGUGGACUUAGCUCCUGAAGAAGAACCAACUAUUGAGAGAGUAUGCCGGGGGCUCAAUCCACAACAACAACUCAUCACCCUUUUUUCAGAAAAUUCAGUGCCGGUAAACUGCCGAUCUUCACUGGAAGGGGUAUGGCACUUUGCAUACCAGAACCGUUUCCGCUUCACUGGUGAAUGUGACCAUCCAGACAAUCAGAUCAAGUCCUGUCAAACGGCAGGAACCCAGUUCUUGAUCACCAACCAGAAGUUUAACAUUACAUACAGAAGAUGUGAGGGGAUGUCUAAUACAUUUGAUGGUGUUGUUGAAUACAGUUGUCUAGGACAUUGGUUUGUGGACAAGAAUCACUUCUUUGCUGUAGCCAACACCAAGGAGUCUCGUAAAGAUGAGAGAUACAGAUGUUUCCUGAAGAAUCGAGAUGACGAUCUUUACAUUGGAGCCUCCAUUACUCCUGAAUGUAGCGCCCUGAAGACUGUUGAAAAGUCACCCGAGAGAUACAGGGUUACACCAGUGAAAUCUGAAGUGGUGGAGCCAGGUUGCCGUCUACCGCAGAACUUCUCCGGCCAGUGGAUCAACACUGCUAACAUUGAUGCAGAUGUGGUCAUCAAUGAGACACAUAUCAUUGAGACCUACUACCCUGAUCAGGGGCGAUACAGAAGGACUAUUUAUGUGUGCAGGGAACAGCGUGACAGUCGCGUGAUGAUGGCGCGUCUGACGGUGGAUGGUUGCCAAAAGGAUUACGUGUGCUUCGAUUUCGUACCUCAGCAUCAUAAUGUGAUUAGGUAUCGCAAAGGUCUCGCCAUGAUUCAAAGCAACUUCCACACCGUCUGCUCGUGGGUGCAGUUCAAAAACAAGCAGGAAUGGCGCUACGACAUAUUCCUCAAAAAGGACCCCGUGCCAAUCCGGUGUCCAGUAGCGGGAAAGUUCAAUUUCACUCAAAGAGGAGAUGUAAAGUUCGAGACAAGAAUCCUUGGUGGUGUGACGCUCAGCCCUCGUCCCAAUUUGUACUGCAAACUUAACAUAUCCGAUUUCUCAGUUUGCGACACAGACCAGAAAACUAUGACGAUCAAGGAGAACUAUUGUCUGACGGUGGACUACUUGGGUAGACCGGUGGAUAUCUACAGUGACCCAGAUUACAAGAUGAAAUGUAUCGGGUAUUGGAAAGAGAACCUCAAGUCCUACUUGAUCACGUAUGACGAGCUCGAUCCCUUCUCCAAGUACAGGUGUUGGGUGUACCAAAGAGCUGAUUUGAAUAGAGUUCUAAUGUCUCAAGCGCUCGGCCCCUACUGUGACCUGAAGCAGGACGUGACCUCGUGGAACUACACCGAGGGUGCAGCGGUCGCCGUCGAGAUGGAGGAGUACGAGCGCGAGCGGGACCAGUGCCCCAUGCACUUCGACGACGGCAGCGACCCCUGGUCCAUGAAGGAGAACUACGUGAAAGUGUUCAGCUUCAGUUAUUCCUUCUGGAGGGGCAGCGACGCGACCACGGCAGCUGUCAGCCUCUACACACUGGUGAUAGCCGUAUUAGUUAAUGUACUUUGAAUGUGCCUUGUUAUUUUAAGAACAAAUUUUAGGAUUGUUAGGAUGACUGACCAUGAAUCUCUCUCUGAUUGAGUUAAGUGUUAACAAGACUUGGUGUGUAAAUAGAAUAUUUCCAUAGCAAUAGAGAAUUGAUGUGAAAAGCAAUAUGUAACUACUUGGUGGUAACUGUAUAAGGUCUACAAAGGAAAUCUUAUUUUUAACGAUCUCUAUGCUCUGGAUAGUAUGAGUAUUACAAGCAAUCAAAAUAAGUGUUGAUUGAUUUAAUUAGGAUACUUUUUAUACCUAUGUGUAUCUACUGUAUAAUGAUUAAACAUAGAAGUGCCUUGUCUUAAAUGUAUCUUACGAAGUUGUAACUAGAAUAAUGAUGCAUUCCACUAAUAAAAUCCAUCCGUCCAUGAUUCUAUUUUACAUUAAUGGUUGAAAAUAGGCUUCAAGUGCCUUUAAAUCUGUGUACAUUACAUAGGUUUCCCAGCAAUAUCUUGAUGCAAGUCUAAAACUUUUAUUAGUUUUUAAGCAUUCUCUAUGUGGCUCUUUCAUUUGAACCUCUUACUUAAUCUAUUUUUAUACUCACUUAUUCUUUAAUCUAAGAACUUCAUUAUUAAUAUUUACAUUUUUAUGCAAUAUUAUGAUCUUGAUGAUUAUAAUGAUGAAUAAUUUAAUAAACUCCGUCCAAUAUUAUGAUUUAUACAAAU